GCAAAAUGUUGCAUCAGGGAAUUAUUCUGCGGGAAGGACAUGUCACCAGGACAAUAUACAAUCUGAUCAAAGACAAGCGCUACGAGGAUGUGAUCGAGUGUAUAACCAACUUUGGUGAGGCGGCCAACACGAGGGCGGGUUUAUCCACCCUGGGACACUGCUACUACCACGCCCAGAAGUACGAGGAGGCGGCCACCUGCUACGAGCAGCUCUGCCAGCUGGCUCCGAAGGAAGCCAAGUACAGGUUUUACUACGCACAGUCGCUUUACCAGGCUGGAAUCUUUCCCGAGGCUCUGCGAGUCCUCAAGCAAAUAGGGGAUCAGGAGGAUGAGCUGCGGGAACAUUGCCUCCAGCUGCAGAGUGCGAUCCUGUACUCCAGCGAGGAUUUCGCGGGGGCACAGAGCUUGCUGAAUCAGCGGGCAGGAGGCACUGCAGAUACCCUAAACGACGAGGGAUGUCUGCUAUUCCAGGCGGAUCAGCACGAGGCGGCGGUGCAGCGAUUCCAGGCGGCCCUCCAAGUGGGUGGCUUCAAUCCACUGGUGGCCUACAACGUGGCCUUGGCCCACUUCCAACGGAAGCAGCGAGCUCAGGCCUUGGACUACACCUCAGAGAUUGUGGAGAGGGGGAUGAGGAAUCAUCCGGAGCUGGGAAUCGGUGCCCAGGUGGAUAUUCCCGACGGCGGAGCAAGGAGCGUGGGAAACUCCAUCACCAUGGCGAUUUCGGGCAUCACUCAAGCUCUCAACUUGAAGGCAGCUCUGGAGUAUCAAGAUGGCAACGAGGAGGCAGCCAGGGAUGCCCUUUUGGACCUUCCGCCUCGGGCUGAAAGCGAGCUGGAUCCGGUUACCCUGCAUAAUAUGGCUUUAACCGAUGUCCAAGGACCAGUGGCAGGACUCAGGAAACUUGCUUUCCUUCUGGAGCUCGGAGCUCCUUCUUGUCCCAAGGAAACCUUUGCCAACAUUCUGCUGAUCUGCUGCAAACACGAACUAUACGAAACUGCUGCGGAUAUUCUGGCAGAGCACACGGAUCUCACCUACAAGUAUCUUUCGCAGUAUCUCUAUGAGCUUUUGGAUGCCUUGAUAACCGCACAAACUAGUGCCGAAUUGGCUGAGAAGAAACUGGGUACUUUGGCCUCCAGUUUGGCUGGUAAACUGCGAAGCUUGGCUGCGAAAGUCCAGGAGGUGAGGGCCACCAACGAACAGCAGGCACUCAGGGAUGCCCUCAAGGAUUACGAACAGGCACUGGAGCUCUAUCUGCCAGUGGUGAUGGCUCGAGCAUGGAUAUCCUGGCGAGAUGACGACUUCGUGGGCGCCGAAAGGGAAUUCCACUCGAGUGCAGAGUUCUGUUCGGAGAACUCCAUUUGGCGAUUGAACGCAGGACAUGUGCUCUUCAUGCAGGGCGACAAGUACAACGAGGCAGCCGCCUUUUACGAGCCCAUUGUGCGCCAGCACUCGGAUGAUAUCAUGUCCGUGUCGGCGGCGGUGCUGGCCAACCUGUGCGUCUCCUACAUCAUGACAUUCCAGAACGAGGAGGCCGAGGAGCUGAUGCGCAAGGUGGAGAAGGCCGAGGAGCUGAAGGGCAAUCUGGGCAAGCAGUACCACCAUUUGUGCAUCGUGAACCUGGUGGUGGGCACCCUCUACUGCGCCAAGUCCAACUACGAGUUCGGUCUAUCCCGCAUUGCUCAUGCUUUGGAGGGGGGAUCGGGUAACCGGCUGUAUGCCGACACCUGGCUGCACGUGAAGCGCUGCAUCCUGGGGCUCCUCACCGGGAUGGCCAAGCAGAACAUCAUCCUGCCAUAUGCCACCGUGCAGGAGGUGCUCAACUUCCUGCGAUUCUGCGAGGCCUACGGGCUCUUUACGCCGGCCAACAUUUUUUCGGCCACAGAACAGGUGCCCGAGGAGCCUCUGACCAUCGGACUGGAAUCCCGCAAGCUCAGGCUACUCAUGAUAAAGCUCAGCGAGUAUGACAAUUUUUAGGGUCCCAAUGAAUUAAAGGUUAAAGGUGAACAGGGAAUUAUCUCAUAUUCACAUAACUUAAACGUUUAUAUGGAUUUGCUUAUAAGAAAAAAUGAUAAAGCAAUAGCAAGUCUGUACAAAAUAUUUUAUAAACAUUUUACUAACUUA